CCACGACGAYACCACGCCCCGAUCCUCCUCCCCCGGAGCCUUCAGUGCCCACACCAUCUCCCUCUAUCACUGUCACCUCGCCUCGGCAGUUCGCUCACUUCAUUCGAUAGGACGACGUCACCUUCUUUAUGGUGGACGUGACGGAUCUCUUACACUAUGAUCCACAUUGUCCCGACGCCGAGCUCAUCCCUCUGGAGCCACAUCCUCCCUCUAUCUCCAUGGCUCCCAUCUCUAAUUCCGUCCCUCCGCCGUCCGUCGAGUCCACCCCGCCGUCGGGCGCUGAUGCUGAGGAACUCGCACGGUAUACGGCUGACCUAGAGCCCGCAGUUCGUGACCUCAUCCGAGAGUACCACGACGUUUUCCCAUCGUCGUUCUCGUACGCCGGCAUCCCACCGAUGCGUGACGUCGAGCACUCCAUUCAGCUUGUGCCUGACUAUCGUGUUCACCACCAGGCACCCUACAGACUAUCGAUUCACGAGGCCACCGAACUCAAGCGUCAGCUUGAGGAGCUCCUGAGACUGGGUUUCAUUAAACCCAGCAACUCCCCGUGGGGUGCACCCGUCCUCUUUGCUCGCAAAGCGGAUGGAACUCUCCAUCUCUGCAUCGACUAUUGCGGUCUAAACCGCUACACGGUUAAGAACAACUACCCCAUGCCUCGUUCCGAUGAGCUGUUCGACCGCCUAAUAGGCAACCGCUUCUUUACGAAGAUUGAUCUUCGUAGCGGUUACCAUCAGAUCCGCGUCGUUGUAGCCGAACAGCCGAAGACAGCGUUCCGAUCGCGCUUCGGCCACUACGAGUUUACGGUGAUGCCAUUCGACCUCACCAAUGCACCCGCCACCUUCCAGAGGGCGAUGAACGACAUCUUCAGGGACAUCCUGGAGCAGUACGUUCUCGUCUACCUCGACGAUAUCCUGGUCUACAGUCGUACCCUUGAGGAGCACCUCAGACACCUCCGCGAUGUCCUUGACCGCUUGCGCAGACAUGGCGUCUACGCCAAGCUGAGCAAGUGCCGCUUUGCCCAGCACAAAGUGGAUUUCUUAGGACACUACGUUAAAGAGGUGUUUGCUGAUAGCCUUCGAGUUGUGGGCCGUAGUUGGCUCGUUGGACGGCUAGGGUUUCAAUUGCCCCUCUUCCGAAUGCCACUCAGCAUGGCUUCUGUACGGAGGAAACCGGGGCCGGCGUGGCAGACGUGUUGGGCACUCAGGUCCCCAAUUCCCAGUUUUUUGGGGACAAGGGGCCAUCCCGGCUCUCUCGGCACCCCCGUGGAGGGAAGGGGCUUCACUUGUCGUGACGUGGAUGCCACACUGCCGCCUCCUCUGUCCUGUCCACGAGCUCCCUUCGCGGGGCUAAGUUAUGGGGUGAGUGGACGAGAUGAGAAUUCCCUCAUGCAGCAGUUAUGGAUGCGUGCCAUAGCCAUGGCGGAGGGGCAGUCACGGGGUCCGUUUGUGGUGGCUGGUAGCCGGGUCCCACAUUCGUCCCCUUCUUUUUCCGAGGCGUCGCGCAGUGUCAGCCCCGCAACGUCGCCUUUGGCGCCCGGCGACUGCAGCAACGGGCCUCACCGAUCUGACGGCGCUGGAAGCGUUACCCCUCCACCCCGCUCGAGCAGGGGAGGGGUAGGAGACAGCGUCACACCGCCGUCAGGGGGGGUUCAUCCUCGGAGCAGUGCGCAGCAGAGUCCGGGGUCUGAUUAUAUCAUCAAUCGUCUUGUGCGCGAUGUGGAAGCUGGGUUUUUUUCGAUAGGGGGGAGUGCGGGUGUGAUAGAUGGUGGGGUUUGCAAUCCGGAGCUGGCCAUACCUGCACACAUCUCCCCAGAAACACUGCGAAGUCUCUCUGCCAAUGCCCAUGCGGCGAACAACGGUGGCGGGGACGGCGGUCCGUCCAGCAUCCCGACGACAGACGUUGGGGGUGACGCAUCAUCCACGGGGGGCCGUCCGCAACGCGGACAUGUGAGACCGUCUGAUGCGCCAAAAAACUCGGAUAGGUGGGGGGAGGAGGAGACCACGGUGCUUUGGCAAGCACGCAAUGAGGCAAAAGCACUUCUCGGUGAGGAGACAAAGGGCAUGCAUUGGGAUGGCUCGCGCAAAGGCAGGGUUUUGGAAGAAUGUCGAAGAUCGCAUGUGCGAGAGAGGAUACAAUCGUGAUCAUGAGCAGUGCAAGGGGAAGUUUAGUCAAGUGAUGGACUUCU